CGAAGCAGAGGACCUCGAAGCAGACACACACAACGUACACAAACUCAUAACGUACACGCACACGCGGUCUGGUGCUUCGUGGUCGUGAAGCUCUUGUCUUCAUGGAGCUUGGGUUGUGGAUCGUGAAGGUUGGAGCUUGUGGCUUGUGGCUUGGGCACUGCAUUGCGUCAAGGCUUCCAGACGACCGCGCGAGCAUGACGGACGUCUUUCCUCUUCCUCUUGAGCAGAGCAAGACAAAGGGCUUUAACGUAGCAGCGCGUCGAAGGAGGUCAAGCAGCGGCUUGAUUGCUGACAUGGCAUUCUGCUUGUCGGGACCCGGAUCGGAUGUCGGGAUGGGAGCCGGCAGACCCCUAGGGGCUCGCGCAGGGCAAGGGUCGGUUCCGCGCAGCAUUCCCGGAGUCAAGCGGGUUGCCUCUGCGCAAGGAUUGGAAGUCGGGGUUGGGAGCGGCUGGCCGGCCACUUUUUCUACUCGCGGUGCGUUUAUUUUGCUUGAAGGUCUGGACAGGAGCGGGAAGACGUCGCAAUGCGAGCGAUUGCGGGCAUUCCUCACAGACCGCCAGAUCCCGACCGAGAUAUGGCGGUAUCCCGACCGUCGAACGACCGUGGGCCAAAUGAUCUCGUCCUAUCUGAGCAAGAAGAGCGAGCUCGACGACGCGACAAUACACUUGCUGUUCGCUGCCAAUCGGUGGGAGAAGAGAGGGGAGAUGGAGGCGAGAUUGCGCAGCGGAUGCACGUUGAUCGUCGACAGGUAUUCGUUCUCGGGGAUAGCCUUUUCCGCCGCCAAAGGUCUGGAUCUGGACUGGUGCAAGGCGCCGGAGGUGGGACUAACCGCCCCCGACGCAAUCUUCUAUCUGCAGAUUCCGCCGGAGAUCGCGGCAGGAAGAGGGCAGUACGGAGAAGAGAGGUAUGAGAGGCUGUCUUUCCAGAAGCUCGUGGCCAAGCAGUUCGAGAACCUGAUGAUCAAUGAUGAUGAUGACAGGUGGCAUGUCAUCGAUGCGCAGAAGGGGAUCGACGACAUUCAGAGACAGCUCCAGGAACUUUCGUUGUCGGUCAUUGAGAGGAAGGUUGUGCGCAUUUUGAGACGGCUUGGAUCCUUCUUAGGGGGGAAUCUGCCCUUGCUCAGUUUCACAGACGAUAGCGUUGAGCUUACGUGCAAUGCUACCAAGUACGAUGGGAGACUGGGAAAAGCAGCCGAACAAACUUCUCACUUCCUGUCCUCAUCCGCUUAUUCUCAAGAUUGGGCCAUUCGACUCUCUUUCAACUUCAAGCACUUGAAAGUACUUAUUGAGGAGGAGGAGGAGGAGGAGGAGGAGGAGGAGGAGGAGGAAUGUUCACAAAGCAUUUUACUGGCAGGAGGAGAGGAGGAGGAGGAGGAGGAGGAGGAGGAAGAGGAGGAGGAAAAGGAAUGUUCACAAAGCAUUUUACUGGCAAGAGGAGAGGAGGAAGAGGCAUAUUCAAAAAAGAUUUUGCUGGCCAGGCGAGAGGAGCAGGAGGGGGAGGACGAUGAAUAUAUGGUGUCGAUGGAGUGGUAGGAGGAGGAGGAGGAGGGGGAGGAGGAGGAGGAAUGUAGGGUGCCCAUGAAGGUGUAUAGCAACGUUUUGCGAGAGCACGUCAUCA